AUGGACGCCUCCUCCGUCCGCAUCUCCAAGUUCGAUGAAACUAACUUCCACGCCUGGAAGUUCAAGAUGCAGAUGGUGCUGGAGGAACGGGACCUGUGGGAGGUCGUCAGCGGCGAGGUCAAGGCGGAACAGUGCGUGACUCAGUUGGACUAA